AUGGAUGUCUUUUUAACUGGUUUUUCCAAAAGGCUAUUGGUAGCUGUAUCCGUAAUUAUAUUAAUAGCCAUGUGUCUAACGCCAGCGGAGGCUCGUUCGGUGGAACAUAAGAGACGGCACCAAAGACGACCGGAUAACAUGGCACAUAUGACCAAAGACUCGAUUAGGCGACCAAAAAAUCCAAGCUCUGACCAAUUUAGAAAUGCUACAAGAAUGAUAAAACAUAAAUUACGCAACACAAAACGGUAUUUUGAUCAAGACCGAAGAGUCCUUAAUGAGACGCGAGAGUAUAGGGACGGAAUGCCCACCUGGCUACCGGCAGUCAACUUCGUCGACAUCCAUUUCCAUGACUACAAAACUUCGCGAAAAGGAAAAUCUAUUACCGAACGAAAGUUCUCGUAUUUGAUGCCCAAACUCUUCAAGACGCUGAAAGAGUAUGAAACAAUUUUUCAUCUGCUCUUGAAAGUUCAACCGGAGUUAUCGGAUGACCCCUUCGCAAAUUAUAUGAUUGUACGUCGGAAACUGCUUACCAAUACAUUGGAUAAGCUAUCAAGCACAACCGCAGAAAUAGAGUGUAACAUGGUAGACGUCAAUAUAUCCUAUCAAAAAUUCGACCAAAAUCGUAUGAAGCUGGAUGCACUAAAGCAGAAAGUUGACGCCACCCAGUGCCUCAAAAACGAUUACAUAGCAUUCAGAGGUUAUGGGAACUUAUUGAACAACUGGUACUACGAAUUUAGGUGCCCACUCAAUAAGAAGACCGAUAGAAAAUGCGCUGCUUACCAUGCAAAGAUGAGGGAGAAGUUAGGCAAUAAGAAAAACAAGAACAGUAAAAAUAAUGUAUCUAUAAUGAGC